AUGGUUCGGGAGAACCGGCGGCAGUUGGAACGGAUGGUGGACAUCAAGGACCUUCCUGAGACUAACGUGCUUUCAUAUUCCCCUGACACCGGUUUAGACCUCGGUGCGGCUGUUCCCUGUCAUAAAAUCUACGCGGACGAUGCAAUCUCUGCCGCAUAUCCUGGACUGAUUGAUGCUGCUAAGAUUAUUGGUGGAACCGCGAUCCAAGGCAGGGCAAGCGUUGGUGGUAAUCUGUGCAAUGCCUCACCCGCUGCGGAUACGAUCCCGCCGUUGAUAGUGUUGGGAGCCAUUUGUGUAAUUGCUGGUCCAAAUGGAUCGACGCGCGAGGUUCCUGUCGAGCAGUUCUGCACAGCACCGGGACAAACUGUCUUGGAAAAGGGUGAGCUUCUUGUGUCACUCAAGAUUCCCCCGCCACCGACAAAUUCGAGUUCGUUUUACCUCCGUUUUAUCCCACGCAAUGAAAUGGACAUCGCAGUUGUGGGUGCCGGUGCGUCUGUUGUUCUCGACGAUACGAAGACAUCCAUUGUCUCCGCACGAAUCGGGCUUGCUGCUGUUGCACCAACACCGCUGGUUGCUGAGGAAGCCGGUGCAUCACUUGCUGGAAAGGAAAUUUCUGAUGAAGCGAUCAACGCUGCUGCUGAAGCGGCACAGGCGAUUGCGAGUCCAAUCAGCGAUAUGCGUGGAACGGCUGAACAGAGAACACACCUUGUCGGUGUGUUGACACGUCGUGCCUUAAACGGUGCAAUUCAACGAGUGAAGGAGGCAUAA